AAGCUUUUUCCAUUAUGAAUCUACUUCUAAAAUAUGAAGGUACGGGCAGGGAAACGAUAAAUGAAGCUAAGAUUACAGUGCUGAAAGUGGCCCUUCCUCCAACCAUGGAUCAGAGUCUUUGCAUGAAUGGAGGAGAAGGAAGAGCUAGUUAUGCCCAGAAUUCCUUCGUCCAGCUUGAUCACGCUUGCCGGCACCGAUCUGCAACCUGGGCUCCACUGCUGUCAAGGUCUCAGCAAGUUCGGCAUCACCAUCGAGACCUUUAUGAUUGUGGAGGCGGUGCCGAGCCUCCAUAUCUGGAGGCUUGUUCCCUUCAGAUCUGGAGGAUUUUCACCAGCAAAUCCAAACGCAACUCUUUUUGAACCCAAGGCAACACUUACAACCUUCAGCCAUGACUUGUUGUGGAUCGAACCGCGAUGGCCUACCUCACUCGACAAUCAUGUCAUUCCGUCAUAUUCUUUGUUGUAAUCACCUCUGAGACAGCAGAACACGCCUGAACCCAAUCCAAAGUUUGAGGCUAUUUGACAUUCCUAAUCGUUUCAAUCAAAAGCGAUGUAACUCACUUGCAAAAUGUUGCUCUUUUUUUCAUAAACCUUGCAAGAGGUUGGUUUAAGUACAAAAGAAAAAUGAAGAUUCAAAACAUGCAUAUUAUUGAUUUCAAUGCUGUAACUAACUUGCUGUCCGUACGCAUAAAUACAGAAACAGGUUAUGUCCAGGGCAAUACUAGCACUGCAAGAAACCCUAAGAGAGCUCUGUCUAGAUAGCUUCCCUGAAUGCUUGAAACUGGCAGAUUUGGAUGCUCUUCAGGUCCCAACGCGCUACUAGUUUUUAGGGAAAUGAUAGAUUCUAUUGAUACGAUACGAAAGAAACUAAAUAAGAAGGAACCCAUGUUUCAAAUUUUCCAAAACGAUCUCUUCAGUAAUGAUUUCAACACCUUAAUUAGAUCGAUCCCAAGCUUUUACGAGGAGCUGAGGAGAGACAAGGGAGGAGAUUUUGGGCCUUGUUUCAUAGCAGUAAUGCCUGGGAGUUAUUAUGGGAGGUUGUUUCCGGCUCAUUAUCUUCAUUUCAUACAUUCUUCAUAUAGUGUCCACUGGCGCUCUCAGGCGCCCGCCAACCUCGUUAGUGAGUUUGGAUCGCCCUUAAACAAAGGCCAUAUUUAUCUGGCAAGGACAACCCCCAAGAGCGUGCACGAGGCAUACUUGGACCUUUUCAAGAGGGACAUGACUUUGUUCCUGAAGUCUCGUUCGGAAGAGUUAAUCCUUGGAGGUCGUAUGUUGUUCACAAUGAUCGGUAGAGAUGCGAGUGUCAAUUUGUCCGAGGAUCAAGUCUCUAAUAUAUAUGAACUGCUGGGAAUGACAAUAAGCGAUAUGGUCCAAGAGUGUGGCCCAAAUGACUCUCUGCUUCAAAUAAUUGCCGGUAAAAAGAAAAGGGCAACUCCUCACGAGGGCCUAAUCGAAGAGGAAAAACUGGAUGAUUGGAACAUGCCCAUUUACCUACCUACUCCUGAAGAAGUUAGGCAUGUGAUUCAAAAGGAGGGCUCAUUUCACAUCACCAGAUUCGAAACAUUUAAAGUCACUUGGGACGCCGAAAUGGGCGAUGACGAUUUACAAAUGAGAGGCAAAUAUGCGGCAGCAACCAUUAGAGCGGUCUUCGAGUCCAUCCUGACAACACAUUUCGGAGAAGAAAUCAUGGAUGGCUUGUUUGAGAAGUUUGCUAGCAAAGUUUCACAGUACAUGAAACUACAUGAAGGAGAAUAUUUCAACAUCCUAGUUUCAGUAAAGAACGGAUGAAUAUCAGCCCUCAUGCAAUCCAGCUUUUAGCCCUUAGCUCGAGGGAAAACAAUGUUAAACAUAAGUAGAGAUGUGUGUCAUGGAAUAAGCGAACCUUUCUUGGGUGAGCGCACGAAACAUCUUUGAGUUGUUAUCAAACUUCGGAAAUCAGUUCGGUUCUUAUUGUAUAUUACCGGUAGAUUCAGGCUUCGCGGGGUCAAUCCCCCUCGAAGUUCACUUGAUUGAUCAAUCCAGGAAACCAGUUUAUCAAAAUAGUAGCAAGUGUUAUAAUAUCAAUAAUGCAAUCCACAUUUA